AUGUCACUACAUGGAUCUGAAGUCACCGAGAAUAUCAGCGACCACCGUCUAAUAAUCGGUUUAGACACAGAGUGGCGUGCUUCCUUUCGUUACACCUUCACAAGUGUCGGCAUCCAUACAGAUGCCGAGAUGCUAGUGCGAAAUUAUGGGUUAGGACAUGCGGAUGAUAGGACGAUAUUAGUAGCGAAUGUGAUGGACGUGGUAUGGCUGGCGGUGUCGAUGAAUGGUAACACCAUUAAUGGAUUAGGGUUGAAGUUGUUGGCGAAGAUGUUGCUGAGUAUGGAACCUGAGAAGCCGAAGCGUGUGACGUUGAGUAAGUGGGGCAACCAAUGGCUAUAG